AUGAAAAGAGGAGAAGAUCUUAAUAAAGAAUGCCUUCACAUUUUUGCAAUAGGAAAUACAGAUAUGUGCCAAUCACAUGAGCUCGAUUAUCCGAUCAAUUCUACUCAAUCGUUGAUUGGUGUAAAUCAAAUCAAUUUACUAUCAUCAAACGAUGAUAUCAAAAGACAUAUAUGUGAUUCCGAUACGUCAAUUACAGAAAGUAUUUCGGAAACAUUAUUUCUAUCUGAUGACAAUGAAUUAGAUCACAUUGAACAUAUGAAUCAUGAGACGCAUGCAGCUAUUCAAAAUAUUUUAGAUACUGUUGUAAAACAACCUCCCAGUAUUGAAGCUUUUCCAGUAGGAACAUCAUGUACAUGUUAUUAUGAACAAAAUUCAGAUGAUCUUACUUUACAUCUUCCUGAUCAAAUAGCACAACCGACAAUAUCAGUGCCAUUGUCACCUUCGUUACAAUUCGUACAUGAUGUUCAUCCUUAUCAAAAAACACAAUAUGAUACAGAUAUUUCUGAUGAGUUUAUAGACAAAAGUCGGUCUCCGUAUGUCAUGCGUAUUCAAGGAGUCAAGACAACAGCAGACACAGGAAAAAGUAUCUUGCCUCGGAUAAAAGUAAGUAUUAACGAUGAAGAUUUAGCUUAUAUAUUUGUAUGUUUUGUCAAUCUAUAA